GGAGGCACAGUCUGGCUGGGCAAAAGCAGGAUGCACCACGCAGCUCUGCCCCAGCUCCCCGGCACCCUGUGAAGGAUGAACUCCCGGGGCUUGCAGGACAACGCUACCGACAGCAGUAACACCAGCGAGAGGGAGCGCAUCAGGGGGCGCAUGAAAAUGGUGAUCGGGCAGCUCGAAGGCAUCCUGCAAGAACUCAAGGAGGUGGCCAAGGAGCUCCGUGAAGUGGUGAGCCAGAUUGACAAGCUGACUUCAGACUUUGAGUUUGAGCUGGAGCCGGACGACUGGACCACAGCCACCAUGAGCAGCACAUCCAGCAGCGAUAAGGGAGGUGGGAUGUUUGACCUCGGGCACCUCGAUUUCAUGACCUCAGAUAUCCUCUCCGACAGCUGGGAGUUCUGCUCCUUCCUGGAAGCCUCCACCCCGUCUGAUUCGGGCGAUGGCUCAGAGCAGCAGCAAGGCCGCCAGCCCGACUACCGGCUGAUGAAUGGCGGGGUGCUGACCCCCAAUGGACCCCGGGUGGAGACCCCAGACUCUUCCAGCGAGGAGGCCUUCAGCUCUGCUCUGAGCCACAAAGCCCAGCACCAGAGGACACCUGGAACACGGGAACGAGUGAGGUUCAGUGACAAAGUCCUCUAUCACGCUCUGUGUUGCGAUGACGACGAGGAAGCGGACAACGCCCCACCUUCCGAGGACCCUCCCGAGGAGCCGAGCGAGGUGACACACAAGGCGGCGCCCGCCGUCAAGGGAACACUGCGGCGGUCGCCUCAUCUGAGUAGCGCUCAGCAGCGGAAGCUGACGCGGAACAGCAGCACCCAGACGGUGUCGGACAAAAGCACUCAAACGGUGCUGCCCUACGUCUCGGGGAAACAGAAAGCGAAAAGCAAGAACUGA